AUGGCGUACAAUCCGGGUGUAUCCUUCUUCAUCUCAUUCCACGAACUGGAUCCCUCAAGGCAAAAGCAAUGCAUAUUUUUCACCCAGAAGGGCGCAAGAUGCCGAUGGCCUUGCCAAAAAAGCGACAACAGCAAGGCCAUCGCACUUCGAAAAACUAUCAUUGAAAUCUCUAGUGAGGCUGUCAGUCUCGAUCUGCUUCAAGAAUAUGUGUUGUGCAAUUGCUGCAGAUCAGGUCGUGCUCGACAUCGGGAUCGUAUAGAGGACAUCGGUCUUCUAAUACCACUGGCCCAGCGAUGGCAAGAUGAGAUACAGAGACACACCGCCAACCAAUCCAGAUAUACAACUUCUGUCCCAGCACUUGAGGAGAGCAUCUACAUCCCAGAUGCUUACAACGGCACGGUCACUCCAACUCCCAGUCGCACUACACCACUCUACACCCCUACUGUUAGCCCAUCUUACUACCAAUCCAGAGCGAGAACGUCCUUUAGUAUCAAUACAAAACCCUCCACGCCUGUCGCGAGCUUAACACCCUACCAAUAUAGUUCCCCGAGAUCUUCAGCCAUUACUGAUAUCGCAUUUCAACCUUUUGGAAGCCAACCGCGCUACAACCUCCGCCCUCCAACAGCAAACCUCUCCACAAACUCUACCUUAACCAAAGCCACAUUCAGCUCUCAGGUCUCCCUAUCUGAAUUCCGCCCCCACGUAUCAGAUCCCCUUCCCAGCGACUCCGUCUCCUGGAGAGUCCUCAAGCUCCUUGAAGACCGGGACUUCGAGACUGGCUCGGUCUACAUCUUCGACCGAGCUUCUUCUCCGGGCCACGUAAAAAUCGGUUGGACCGCAAGGUCCGUCUCGCUCCGUCUCGAAGAUUGGUCAAAGUGCGGAUACAGACCGAACCUAUUGUUUCGCGUAGACCGUGUUCCGCACGCCCAGCGAGUCGAGACCCUCACACACCACGAGCUGCUUAAGGAAUGGCGCCGGGAGAGGAUGUGUAAGGCCGCGUGGUGUCGGAAGAGUCAUCAGGAGUGGUUCGAGGUUAGUAAAGAACGAGCGGCGCAGGUGCUGGGUGAUUGGGCAGAGUUUAUGAGAAUAGCUAGGCCAUAUGAUUUGGGCGGGCGGUUGAAAAACAUGUGGAGGGAGUUUGUAGAGACGGCGGAUAGAAACAAGGAGAUGGUCACUGCUAAAAAGUUGUUAGAGCAUUAUAAAGAGGUUUUGGUUAAAGAGACGACGAUUGUAGAGGAGAUAGUAGACCGGGCGGAGGCACUGAAGACUGAGGAGGUGGUGGAUAUUAGCCAUGGACCGGAGGCUGGAUGCCAGGGGCCCCCUAAGAAGGCGUUAGUGCCCGUGGAAUCGCUAGGAAUCACGCUGCCGACAUCACCCAAAGAGAUAUCGCUGCUCAAGCUCGAGUCAUGGCCUAAACAAAUCCCGCUGGUGGAUUUCUCCCUUCCCCAAGCAGAGAAACAGCCCAAGAGAAAUCCAUUGUUCAAGGGGGAGCAAUCCGCCAAGGCUGAGCCAGUCUUUAAAACCGAAUCACUACCUAGAACGCAGUUCCUGUUCACGGCCAAGCCACCGGUCAAAAUUGAGCCAUUGUGGAAGACUGGGGCCCCGUUCAAGGCAGAACCACUGUUCAAGGCGGAGUCACUGUUUAAGACGGAGUCACUGGUUGAAACGGAGCCGAUACCAAAGAACGAACCAGUACGAGGAGAACUGUUGGCUCCGGAGGGGACAUCAGUCAAAAAAGAGCUACUGCCCGAACGAAUACCGCUACCUCCCUCACCGCUCCUUCAAUACAUAACAUUCACUCAAAAUAUACUUCCCCCACAAGAGAAAAAGCCAAGUCCAAGCACCGGAACCAAGCAAAUCAGUGCAAUAGAUGUCAUCCAAAACACUGACACUAACAGCACUGUUGUCCAUACCUCAUCCAACCCGAAGGUCAAUUCGUCGAUUUCAUCAUCGACACCAGCAUCGCUUCCAGCCAUAAACUCACCCUCAGCCGCAAUCAGUAAAAACCUUCCUCAGACAGAUACCCAUACUGUCGAGCCGGUAUCCAAUUCUCCGGAGCCACUAGUGACGGAGGUGCUGCUCUCCCUAAGCACUGACGAGCAACAAGAAACAGAGGAGACCCUUACCCCUAUCACGCAGCGUCAGCAGAUUGUUGAAGGGGUCGAGCAAGCUGAGCCCCGGAAUGAGCUUCUUGGAUAUGACGGACAGACACGGGGAGAAGAGAUUAGGUCUCGCGAUGUAGAUGAAAGCACAGCAACGGAAAGCAAAACGGGGAUGCGAGCGGAUGAGUGGGACGCCGAUGAGACGCUCGUAGAAGUCCAAACACCAAGGUCUUUGGAGAAACCAGACUUGAAGUUCGUCGAUGGGCUUUGUAACGAAAUUCCUACCGUGAGAGCAAAUGGGGCUCGGGAAAGGUUGGACGGACUGAAGAUGUCGGUGAGUGAAGUGUCGUUGGUUGUCAAGGGUGUUUUGCAGGCUUGA